GUUUUUACAGGAAGUGACGUCUCUAGCGUCGGGUCUUCUCUUUCUCGUGUGGUAGCAGCUCCAGCCAUCCAAGAUGACUACAGCUGCAAGACCGACAUUUGAGCCGGCGAGAGGAGGGAGGGGUAAAGGAGAAGGUGGAGGCGAUUUGAGUGCCCUGUCCAAGCAGUAUUCUAGUCGAGAUCUUCCAGGUCACACCAAGAUCAAGUACAGGCAACCUACCCAGGAUGCCCCAGAGGAGGUGCGUGCCCGUGACUUCCGCAGGGAGCUGGAGGAGAGGGAGCGUGUAGCUGCGCGUGAGAAGACCAGAGAAAGAGGACCAAGAGAGCACACCACAUCAUCAUCAUCUUCGUCAUCAUCUUCAAAGAGGCCCAGGCUGGAUCAGAUCCCAGCAGCCAACCUUGAUGCUGAUGACCCUCUCACUGAUGAUGAUGAGGAUGAGGACUCUGAUGAGGACAGUGAUGAUGACGACACCGCAGCUCUCCUGGCAGAGCUGGAAAAGAUCAAGAAGGAGCGGGCUGAAGAGCAAGAGCGCAAAGAGCGGGAGCAAAAGGCAGAGGAGGAGAGGAUUCGCAUGGAGAAUAUCUUAAGUGGCAAUCCAUUGAUCAAUUUGGCAGGGCAGCAGCAGCAACAGCAGAUGACCCAGACUCAGAAUACAUUCAGAGUCAAGAGAAGGUGGGAUGAUGACGUUGUGUUCAAGAAUUGCGCCAAAGGAGUGGACGAAGCACGGAAGGAGAAACGCUUUGUCAAUGACACACUGCGCUCUGAGUUCCACAAGAAAUUUAUGGAGAAAUAUGUAAAGUAAAGGACUUGUUGUUUUAUAGCUUGUUGUUUUUUUAAUCUUAAUUCUUUGGUCUCCACCCUCCUUUUGCUCUUUGUUCCAAAAAUGAUAGCUUGCAUUCAUUAGUAUCUGUACAGUCAACACGCAAAAUGUUGUAUAUAUAUGAGUUGGUGAGUUAAAUCCUUUGAAUAAAGCUCAUGAACAGUUGAAUGAAAUUCUUAAGUUUGCUUCAGAAUUUGAGUCUCUUGGUAUUUUUUUUAAUACUAAUUUCAAUAAACAAAGACUUGAAGACUGUGUUUAAAAA